AUGAAGACUCUCCGGGCACGGUUUAAGAAGACAGAGCUGCGGCUCAGCCCCACCGAGCUCGGCUCUUGCCCGCCCUGCGGCCCCUGCCCCAUCCCGAAGCUGGCGGCCAGAGGCAGGCGCCAGAGCCAGGACUGGAGCAAAAGUGACGAGCGACUCCUGCAGGCCGUGGAGAACAACGAUGCAACGCGGGUGGUCGUCCUCAUUGCCCGCAAGGGGCUGGUGCCCACGAAGCUGGACCCUGCGGGCAAGUCCGCGUUCCACCUGGCGGCCAUGAGGGGUGCAGCCAGCUGUCUGGAGGUGAUGCUGGCACAGGGUGCCAAUGUCAUGAGCACGGAUGGGGCAGGUUACAAUGCCCUCCACCUGGCCGCCAAGUAUGGGCACCCACAGUGCUUGAAGCAACUGCUACAGGCCCCCUGUGUGGUGGACGCCGUGGACAGCAGUGGGUGGACGGCCCUACAUCACGCAGUGGCUGGCGGCUGCCUCUCCUGCUCAGAAUUGCUCUGCUCCUUUAAAGCACAUCUGAACCCUCGAGAUCGGUCAGGUGCAACGCCCCUCAUCAUAGCGGCUCAGAUGUGUCACGCGGAUCUGUGCCGCCUCCUCCUGCAGCAAGGCGCUGCCGUGAAUGACCAGGACCUGCAGGGCAGGACAGCCCUGAUGCUGGCUUGUGAAGGGGCCAGCCCCGAAACAGUGGAGGCGCUGCUACAGGGCGGGGCCCAGCUUGGCAUCACCGACUCGCUGGGCCAGGACGCAGCUCACUACGGCGCACUCGCGGGGGACAAACUCAUCCUGCACCUCCUGCAAGAAGCAGCCCAGCGCCCCUCACCACCCAGCGGGGACGACUCAAGCGAGGCCUCAUCUCAGAACUCUGUGUCCAGCCGUGAGAAGCCAGGGGCCUCCAAGAAGCGGAAGGCGCCUCAGCCCCCCGCCAGCAUCCCUAUGCCGGAUGACAGAGAUGCCUACGAGGAGAUCGUGCGGCUGCGGCAGGAGAGGGGCCGCCUGCUGCAGAAGAUCAGGGGCCUGGAGCAGCACCAGGAGCGGAGGAAGCAGGAGGAGCCUGAGGCCAGCUCCCUCCACAGCCUGGAGAGACAGGUGCAGGAGCUGCAGCAGCUGCUGGCGGAGAAGCAGGAGGAGAAGGAAAGCCUGGGCCGCGAGGUGGAGAGCCUGCAGAGCCGGCUGUCCCUGCUGGAGAAUGAGCGGGAGAACACCAGCUAUGAUGUGGCCACCCUGCAGGACGAGGAGGGGGAGCUGCCUGACUUCCUGGGAGCUGAGGCGCUGCUCUCCAAGCAGCUGAGCCCGUCGGCCCAGGACCUCCUGGCCUCGCUGCAGGACCAGGUGGCCAUGCUCACCAGACAGAACCAGGAGCUGAUGGAGAAAAUCCAGAUCCUGGAGAACUUUGAGAAGGAUGAGGUGGAGGCGAAUGACUUGGCCGAGGUCAUCCCUCUGGUCCUCUACGACGCUCUCCGGGCAGAGUUUGACCAGCUCCACAGGCAGCACGCCGAAGCCCUGCGGGCGCUGGAGCAACGGGAUGCCCAGGAGGCCUCUGGAGAGGAGGCGGUGGCCGAGGGGGCGGGCAAGGGUCGAGGAGUCAGGACCACCAAGAACGGGGCAACAAACACAGAGGUGAACGGUGCUGCAGCUCUGGAAUCCAAAGUGAAGGGAGCAGGGACCACGGACGAGGAGCCUGCGGGGGCCAAAACCACAGAGGCCAGGGCUUUGGAAACAGCAUCCACAGGGGCCGAGGCCACGGGAGCCACGGCCACAGAAACAGAGGGCUCAGGAGCUGCAGCUGUGGAAGCAAAGGCAGCCACGGGGGCCGAGGUCACAGAAGUGAAGGCUCCAGAAGAGGCAGAAAUCACAGAGACAAAGGCCACAAGAGCUGAGGCCGCUGGUGUGGAGGCCACAAAGCUGAAAGCAGAGGAAUCAGAGAUGAAGGCCAGUGGAUUGGGUGCCAUGGAGGCAGAGCUCACAGGCACAGAGAACACGGAUAUGGAGGCCACGGGGGUGGAGGCCACGGCCCUGGGAGUCCCUGUUGGCCCCAUCCUGCAUCCAGGUGCAGCUGAGGCGUCGGAGAAGCUGCAAGCAGAGCUGGAUACCAGGAUCCGUGGCCUGGAGGAGGCGCUCCGGCAGCGGGAGCGGGAGGCAGCGGCUGAGCUGGAGGCAGCCCGUGGCAAGUGUGAGGCUGCAGAAGCCGAGGCGGGCCGGCUGCGGGAGCAGAUGCGCGAGGCCAAGGGUGGCGGGGGCAGUGACAGCAGCGGGGGCAACACGGUCCAGCUGCGGGCAGCCCUGGAGCAGGCCCGGGAGGACCUCCGGGACCGGGACUCUCGCCUCCGGGAGCUGGAGGCGGCCUCAGCCUGGCUGGACGAGUCCCGAGCCGGCCGGCUGCUGGCUGAGGAGGAGGCCCGGGGCCUGCGGGCCGAGCUGGCCCAGCAGGAGGAGAUGCGGCUGGAGCAGAGCCGGGAGCUGGAGGUGCUUCGGGAGCAACUGGCCACUGCCACGGCCUCUGAGGAGCAGCAGCGGGCAGCAGCCGCCGACCUGAGCCAGGCUCGGGACGCGGCCGAGGCUCGGGCCACUGAACUGGCCGCAGCCUGCGAGGAGGCCCGACAGAGCCUAGCAGAGCUGCGUGAGGCCUCCGAGGCUCUCCGCCAGUCCUCUGUGCCGGCCUCCGAGCACCACCGGCUGCAGGAGGAGGCCCUGGAGCUGCGAGGCCGGGCAGCCAGCCUGGAGCAGGAGGUGGUGGCCACGGGCAAGGAGGCGGCCCGGCUCCGGGCAGAGCUGGAGCGUGAGCGUGUGGGCAGCGUGGCACUCUUGGAGCAUGAGCGCAUAGUGGGUGCGCUGCAGGCCGAUGUGGCACGGCUGGAGGGGCAGCUGGAGGAGCUGGGACGACGCCACGAGAAGACCAGUGCUGAGGUCUUCCAGGUGCAGCGGGAGGCACUGUUCAUGAAGAGUGAGCGGCAUGCAGCCGAGGCCCAGUUGGCCACAGUGGAGCAGCAGCUGCGGGGACUGCGUACUGAGGCCGAGAGGGCACGCCAGGCCCAGAGCCGUGCCCAGGAGGCCCUGGACAAGGCCAAAGAGAAGGACAAGAAGAUCACAGAGCUCUCUAAAGAAGUCUUCAGCCUUAAGGAGGCCCUAAAGGACCAGCCAGCCGCCCCAGCCACCCCUGAGGUGGAGGCCCUGCAAGGCCAGGUGAAGGCCCUGCAGCAGCAGCUGGAGGAGGCUGCCAGGGACCACAGUGCCGUGGUGGCCUUGUACCGGAGUCACCUGCUCUGUGCUAUCCAGGGCCAGAUGGAUGAAGAUGUGCAGCGAAUUCUCAGUCAGAUCCUGCAGAUGCAACGACUCCAAGCUCAGGGCCGCUGA